GCCAACUUUCUUUUUGGAGAACAGCUGAUAACGCCGCUUGGUGUAAACAAAUCAUUUAAUUUCAUUUUGUUUUGCUGGGCUAAAUCUUAUCUUAUUCAACAAAUACAAAUAAUUAGGAAAAAUGGCGAAUAAAAAGUUUUCGGACAUAAAUCUGUACGAACUUUUGGGCAUUGAUAUAGACGCAGAACAAAAUGAAAUUCGCAAGGCAUACCGAAAACGUGCCCUUGACUGCCAUCCGGACAAGAAUCCGGAUAAUCCCAAGGCGGCAGAGCGCUUCCAUGAACUAUCCAAGGCACUCGAGAUCCUAACGGAUGAAUCGGCUAGGUCCGCCUAUGACAAAGUAUUAAGGGCAAAGAAGGCAGCGGAGCUGAGAAGUCGCCAAUUGGACAGCAAGCGCCAGAAACUGAAGGAGGAGUUGGAGGAACGGGAGCGAGCAGCUCUUCAUAAACUGGAAAAGAGUCAGCCGUAUAGCACUGUUUCCAAGAGCGACGAAGAACUUCUGCAGGAACAGAUCGAUCGUUUAAGAAAGGAGGGUUCCCGCCUGCUGGAGGAGGAGCAAAUGGCUAUGCGGGAACAGCUGAAACGCAGCCAUGACGAGCACCUUAAACUCCGACAACAACCUGCCAAGUUUGAUUCAGCUCAGCAUCGCAUUAAGAUUAAGUGGAAGGCCGAACCUGACCAGGAUUACACGGAGGAACAACUGUUGAAGUAUCUUAAGAAAUACGGUGAAGUAGUUGCCUUGGUCAUUAACAGAAAGCGAAGAGGACGUGCCAUGGUGGAACUAGGCAGCCGCGAAGCCUGCGACAUGGUACUAGCUUACGAGAAAGGCGACUCUGCCAAACCAUUGUUCUUUGAAUGGGUAACGCCUCCUGCUUCUGAGGAAAAAUCUAAAGGAUCCGGUACCGGAAGUAAUAUAUCCUCCAGGGACUAUGAAGAUCUGGUGAUGCGCAAGCUCCGACAGGCGGAAGAGCGCAAGCGCCUUAUUGAGCAGAUGAUGAAGGACGAAGAGAGCGCCGAGUAAUUUAGUAACGGAGGCAACAAUGUAUAUAUUUAUACUAAACACCGGAAUAUAAAAAUAUUUAUAGAUAUUGAAUAAACCUAUUAAUUUAAGCCUAAUUAUAGACCUUUGUAAAAGUUUAAAUAAAAAUUAGAGACGUUUGAUAUACAAACCAUUUAA